AUGUCAGAAACAAUAAUUUUACCUGGAGAUAAACUCCCUAUAGAUGAGGAUAUAUCUACCGUGAAAACCACUAUUGGACCUGGUAUUUAUAAAAAGCCGAAAACUCAAGAAUUGAUUCCAUCAACCGCAGGGAUAUUACAUUAUGAGCGAACAAAGUCAUCAUCAUCAUCAUCACAACAACUAAUCUAUAUUGAAUCUAAUUCGAAAAGAUAUAUUCCUCAUACAAAUGAUUAUGUCAUUGGAGUAAUUACGGGGGCAAUAGGUGAGAGUUAUAAAGUUUCCUUGCAAGCGUAUUCUACACCAGUAUUGUUGUCAUUUUGGGCAUUCCCGAAUGCUAGUAAGAAAAACCGUCCUAAUUUGAAGAAUGGUCAAGCUGUGUAUGCAAGAGUGAGUCAAGAUAUACCCGAGAUUGAAACUGAGCUAGAAUGUAUUGAUCCAACUAGUGGUAAGGAAGGAGGGUUUGGAGUGUUGGAUGAAUCAGGAUAUAUAUUUGAUGUUCAUUUGAAUUUUGCUCGUGAAUUAUUAUUCAAUCCAAAAACUAUAUUUUUGGAAAUGUUAGCUACAAGAUGUCAAUUUGAAAUAGCUAUUGGAAUCAAUGGAAAGAUUUGGAUUAAAUGUGGCAAUGGUGUGCAAAAGGAAAUCAAUGAUGGUGGUAAUAAUAAUAAUAAUAAUAAUAAUAAUAAUAAUAAUAAUAAGAAUCAAGAUCAAGGUGAAGAUCAAGAAAUGGCUGAUGCAAGUGAAGAGAAUUUAAAAGAUUUGAAAAGUACAUUAGCAGCAGCUACAUUUUUAACUCGAUGUCAAUUUGUAACACAAGAUAAAUUAAAGCAAGAGUUGAAUAAUGCAUUCCGAGAUAUUUAA